AUGCCUCGCGGCGAUCCUCCUGAAGUAACACCAGAAGAUGUGUUAGCUCAGAUGAAAGAAAUGCAACUGGCUUUUGAACGGCAAUAUACAGUAAUGGCAACCGAAAUUGCAACUCUCCGAGAGCAAGUCGUUAACCACAAACCUUCAGGUAGUGGUUCUGCCCCUCCCACUCCUGCUCCCAAAGCGGCCAAGGUACGAUUGUCUCCGUUUGAUGGUUCCAACCCCCUUGAGUGGAUAUUUCAAGCAGAACAAUAUUUCGACCUCACGAACACGCCAAACAGUCAAAGGCUCGCCUUGGUUCCGUUCUUCAUGCAGGGCUCAGCUCUUGGGUGGUUCAAAUGGCUUCACUCCACUCAACAACUCUCGACGUGGUCGGCUUUCACUCGCGCGUUGGAGUUAUGUUUUGGCCCUUCCUCUUAUGUUAAUCAUCAAGCAGCAUUGUUUAAGCUCCGUCAAGUCGGCACAGUGAUGGAGUACCAACUACAAUUUGAGACGAUUUCCAAUCGGGUGUUGGGUCUUUCAACUGAAUCUUUGCUUAAUUGUUUCAUUUCAGGGUUACGUGGCGACAUUCAACGUGAGCUUGCAAUUUUGCAACCUCACUCCAUUACUCAAGCAAUUGGGUUGGCGAAGUUGGUUGAGGCGAAAAUUCUAGAUUCCAAACCUUCUUAUGCAAGACCGCCACGAAGUGCAAGCUCUCCCUCGUUGCUUGGACCUGCAGGAAACCCUCCGCCGUCUUCUAUACCUAUUCGCCGGUUAUCCCCUACUGAAAUGCAAGAGCGGCGUAGCAGAGGGCUUUGUUUUAACUGCGAUGACAAGUUCAACCCUGGUCACCGUUGUCACAAAAAGCAAUUUCUCCUGCUUUUGGCAGAGGAGGAGCCACCUCCAGAGCCAUCAACUCUGCUGCAGUUAGACUCUGCGUUGCUCGAUCAGCAGGUUGAACCUGUUGCUAUACCGAUGGUGGAGGAACUGAAUCAGAGUGCUGAACACUUUCAGCUUUCCCAGGCGGCGCUAUUAGGUCCACCUUCUCCAAAAACUCUGUGUGUGAAUGGUCACAUUAAGGAGUUGGGGGUUACAAUUCUAAUUGAUUCCGGAAGCUCUCACAACAUUAUGCAACCCAAGAUUGCUGAGUUUCUGGGCAUUCCAGUUGUGGCACACACUCCCUUUUCGGUGAUUGUGGGUAAUGGAGAUUCCAUUCAAUGUAAUGGGUGUUGUCAAGACGUGCAGGUGAGAAUUGCUGAACAAGAUUUCCACAUCUCAUUCUUUAUAUUGCCUAUUCAUGGAGCAGACCUUGUCUUAGGAGUUCAAUGGUUACAAACUUUGGGUUCUUUUCUGUCUGACUAUUCGAUUCCGUCCAUCCAAUUUACCUAUAACAACAAACCGAUCACCCUCACCGGCUCUACUUCCAUGACCCCGACUGCGGCAUCUUACGCUCAGUUUUGUAGGUUUAUGUUCACCCAAGCCAUUGACUCUAUCCAUUCACUUCACCUUACUUCCUUUGAUAAACCUGAUUCCAACACCACAACCAAAACAAAGCACCUAGUCAACAGUAACAUUGACCCUGCCAUUAAAGACUUACUUCACCAGUAUGCCACCAUCUUUGACACCCCUCAAGGCCUUCCCCCAGAUAGACACCAAAACCAUCAUAUACAUCUAAACCCAAACACUCACCCUGUCAAUAUAAAACCGUAUCGUUACCCGUAA